AUGAAGUGUCAUAAAAUAUCUGACUAAUUGUUUUGUCUUCUUCUGACAAUUUCACAGGUAUAUUUAUGACAUACGUAUAGUGUGGGACGGGACCAGACCAGACAUGCAGUUGUAAAGGCUGAGCAGGUUGCACCAUCAUAUUUUAAAGUGAGGAAGGUUCAGGCAGGACUAAAGAUUACUAGGUAACACCAGCAACAGGGUGACAAAACCGUGUUCUGAAUGUGAAAAUAAAUAAUGAUAACUGUCAUUAUCCCUCCAAAAUAUGCUAAGAAGAUCCCCCUGGUUUUCAUUCUUUUCAUUUGUCUGUUCCAUACACUCGACUGUAUCUAUAAGAUACUUGCUUUUCAGCAAUAAAAUUCUAAUUCAAAUAUUACUGUAGUUGGCCUGCAUAUGUCUAUGUUCGUAUUGAUUAAUUACAUGAUCAUAUGCUUAUUCAUAUUUAAGAUUUUUUUUUGGAAUUACAUGUAUUCAUACAAAUAUUUAUUGAUUUAUUUUCUGCAAUUGUGUAGGAAAGGUAAGGUCUGAUGCUUUUGCUGAACUCUUUGGUUGUACCUUUGCGAUUACACACAAAAUCUAAUCGCUCAUCUGACGGUUGCAGAGAAGAUCAGAGAACAUUCAUCCAUCUGCCUAAUUUCUGCAAAGACCUGAGAUUCCAGCUUACACCCCUCGAUUACUGACUAAUGUCAUGAAGUUACAGUGCAGCUUCCCUCUGCUGCAGAGGUUGUUCUCAUCGCAGCAGUAAGAUAAUUCUUCAGCAUAAAAUUAUGAGUGAAACAGGCCUGGUACAUAGUCACCUGACUGAUUCAGUGUGAAGACUGGGUGUAAUUGUUGGAUGGACGUGUGAUCAAAGAAAACGUGUGCGAUCGCAACUGGUCUGUGUCCAGCACUUGAAAACUGAGUGUAAAAAGAAUCGUCUUCAACCUUGGCACUUGAUUAAAUCCGUUGAAAUAACUUCAUGGCUGCAGAGUUGAUCGAUGAUGCUGCUCAAAAGGAUUUUUUAUUCAUUUGAGGCAAACCCCUUAUUUCCCAGUUUGGCCGAAUGUGGGCAAGAGAGGGUAUCGGGGUCAUCACAGAAUAGAAGAAGCAACUCUACAUCUACCAAAGUCCACAGACUCAGCUGCACCAAUAAUUUCAGCACCAAGGAUAAUGGGCAUGGAUUCAAGUGUGUGCAUUUUUUUCUUGCAGCUAGAUAUUUUUGUGAGUACUAGGGUGGCCAUGAUACCAAAAUCAGUACCAGGGAGUUGCCAUAAUUUUUCCAUGAUACUGAUUCCAUACCACAAAAAAAGAAGAAAACCUGUUCGUAUAAUGAUAUGAUAAGUACUUUAGACAGAAAAUGCAGAACUGAUUUGCUCAUAAUCUCAUAUUUAUACUUUCUUUAAUAGCACACAUUUUAGAAAUAGUACAGUAGUAGUAGUAGAAGUUUAUUUCAAUCACACAUCAAACAAACAGAUCUUUCAUCUCACCUUUGUUUGAGGAAAGGAGCAGGCAGAAGAACAGUUCUUAUAAUUUCUGCCCUUUUUGUAUUUUCAGAUUGUCAUAUAUUUUGUUUAAUUUAAAAGAACAAACAUUCAUCAUAUGGAGAUACUAGUUAUCCAACACAGAAAUUAUUUAUUUUGGAUUCUUUUAAGCUCAGAUACCAGAGAUCAUAUGGCAUGUUUUUUUGUAUAAGACAGUCUGGGGGUAUACCGUAAUAAUAGUUAUAGUUUAUAAACAGUGAUGGGAAUUCGUCAAUUUUCAUAAUUCACAUUGAGGAAUGGAAAAUGUGUGAAAUGAAAUGAAAGCCUUUUAUUUGUCAACUGUGUAGAUUGGUAAAAUAUAUUUUUAACUGAAUAAUAAUGUAUUACAUUCAAAAUAUAUGUCUGGAAUCUUCACACAAGUAAAGUGACACACUUCCAUCUUCAUAUUGAAGUCACAUUACACAGUCGAAAGUAACGUACACAAGCGAAAGUAAAUGGGAAAUAAAUGCAAAGUAUUUUGAGCUGAUUUAGCAGAAGAACAAGCUAAGUUGUUGAAAUAUAUAAAAUGGAGCUUUCUUUCAUGUUGGUUGUCAUGUGGUACAAUGUUUAAAAUGAAGUUGAUGCAGUCUUUCGGGUGGGCAGGCUGUGUGUUGGGGGUGCAGCGUCCCCUCUGGAGUAUUGUGGGGGAAACGUUGCAGAGUGCCUGGAGAAAAAACACACAAAGAUGAGGAAAACUCAGAAACCCCACAAAGAAAGGACGCAGGUUCAUUUCAGGCAUUUCAUGUGCUGGAAUCAGAGUGGAAAAUCCAGUAGCAAUCAGGUGACCUUGACCUCUGGACAUGGCCAGUGCCUCCUCCAGAGCAAUAGGCUUUUGCUUUACUCUGUGAAGAGUGAGACAUUCUCUUUGAGGGCGGCAGCCUCUUCCCAUGGCUUUCCUCUGCCAUCUGCUCUUGUGUAGCAUGUUGACAUUUUUUGGUAAAAUUCAAAGGUGCUGCUGCGGCCUGACAGUAAGACAGGAGGCCAAAUGAGCAAACAUUGCUGAUUGCUGAUGUAUGGGCGACAAAUUUAAGGAACAGUUUGCACUUUUUAAUUGAGAAAAUUACAGGAGGCAUCUGUGUUCAUGGAGAGGAGUUACUGUUAUUUGUUGUUGUUGUUGUGGUAGAAUUAUCCUCUGCUGAUAUGUCUGAAAUUACAGUUGUUGAUGUGCUAAAUAAAAAUAAAAAUUAAAUAAAUUGAUCAGAACAGCGCUGAUCAACUUACUUCCUUCAUCUUCCCACUUUGUUUCAAGUCAGUUCCGGAGCUCCCUGGGUUUGAAGGAAUCAUUUCAAGUGAUGAGCGGCGGGUACCCUCAGUGUUAGAAGUAUUUGGACACACUAUGCUUGCAUAUGAAUGCGCAAAACCGAGUGUUAGGCACAAAAACGACUGUUAGGGUGAGAAUUGGGAUAGGCCCCAGUAUUGUGGGUCAAAUUGUCUCUUGAAAUUCUAACCACCCAUGGCCUCCUCAGUUCAGUUUGUCAUCAGUUCAGUCACACAUGUGAGAUUUCCUGUAUGAACAUCCAUCUCAACUGCAACAAAGCUUGCUGUGGUCUCAAAAAAUAGAACUGAAUAGUAUUUGAAGUGGCACAGUGUAGUGAGGUCCAGCGGCUCAGCGGUUUGACUCGUACGGUCUGGCUCACCCAUUUGAAUAAUUUGUUCCUUGUCCCAUUUGACAUACAUCCCCAAAAUUUAAGACUAAAUCUAUCUAUGUAACUGUCUCUUUCACUGUUGGAUAAACCAACACUAGCCUGCUUGGUAUUACCUUAAGUUGUCAAAAAUGUUGAUCCUCUGAAAAGUACUCAUACUCAGGACUGUAUCAGUUGAACAUUCUACCUUUUAAACAGCCUUUACUGCCGACCGUUCUUAGUCUCCUGGUAAAGCUGGGGCACACCUGUCUUAAGGGCUUUGCUGCUCCAUGUGUCUUUGAUCUCCAGGUCAUGCCUUGUAAUAUAAGCUUGUUGUAUCGCCAAAGUACUCAGUCUUAGUUUGCAAUGGUUGCACGUGUCAUCAUCUUUGUUUUGGUGCUUUCAGUGCAUGCAUUCAUUCCAGAGUGGACUGUGCGGGAGCAGCCCAUCUUCAGUGCCCGAGCUCAUGUCUUCCAGAUUGACCCGGCAACCAAACGCAACUGGCUGCCGGCCAGCAAACAUGCCCUCACCGUCUCCUUCUUCUAUGAUGCUAAUCGCAGCGUCUACCGCAUCAUCAGUGUGGGUGGGACCAAAGCCAUCAUCAACAGCACCGUCACCCCCAACAUGACGUUCACAAAAACAUCCCAGAAGUUCGGCCAGUGGGCAGACAGUCGGGCCAACACGGUGUAUGGUCUCGGCUUCUCCACUGAGCAGCAGCUGCAGCAGUUUUCUGAGCAGUUCAAGGAAGUGAAAGAAGCAGCCCGUCUGGCAAGAGAGAAGUCCCAAGAGAGGUAUGAACUGGCCAACCCUGCCCUCAACAUCGCCGCCCCCCAGGAGCUGUCAGAGGAGCGUCACUCACCGCCACUGCUCACUGUCAAUGGACCGGGUGAAGAAAAGCUGUUCCGUAGCAAAAGUGCAGAAGUACAGCUGACUACGGAGAAGGAGCGAGUCAAGAAGAUGCUGUCGGAAGGCUCCAUGUGUGAGAUCAACCUGGAAGCAGAGCUCUUCACCCUGCAGGACAGUAAUGCCAAGCUGGUGGCGGCCCUUCAGGAAGCAAACACCAACGUGGACCAGUGGAAGAAACAGCUGGCAGAGUAUCAGCUGGAGACAGAUCGCCUAAGAGAUCAGGUGGCAGAGCUGGAGUCACAGCUGGGGCAUCCUGCUGCUGCUCAGACUGGUGCCAAGGAGCUGAGUCGUUCGCUUGAAGAACUGGAAGCCCAACUGAGUGCAAAAGAUCAGGAAAUCUACAAUCUGCAAAGCAAGAAAACAAAUGUAGGAGAGCUGGAGAAGGAGAGGGAGGAGGCCAUACAAAGACUGCAGGAAUUGGAAAGCCGAAACACAGACCUGGAGACUCAAGUUCAGAGUGCAGAAAAGUCGUUGGCCUCGAGCCGGGAGCAACAGGAGCAGGCAGAGGUGGAGGUCCAACAUAUCAUCGAGGCUCUCGAUGUCAAGAUCUGCGACCUGAAUGACCUAAGACAUAGUUUGGCAAAGCUGAUUGACAAAUAGAUGCAGCUACAUGCGGCUUCAUCUCCACUGUUUGUUGCAGACAUCUUCUCUUUCCCCUACUAUAGCAUAACGCUAUGCUUGGAAAGAGUGUAGAACUGCACGUAGGUGAGUCUGGCAAUUUGGACAAAAUACUUGAGAAUGAGAAAUGUUGUCUACUGCAAAAAAGUAGCUUUAGCAAUAAUUUUAUUGAAUCAACCAUAAAAAUGGUAAGUUUCACAUGACAGUUGAUGCAUCAGUCCAGCCAUCCAUUUUCUUUUGUUUUUAUUCGAAGUAGCGUUGCAGGGGCUGCAGCUGAAGUAGAGAGUCCCAGGUGUCCAGAAGACAAAAAGAAACCACGACUAGCUCUGGUCUAAUCCAUACAUUAUCUCACUUUUGUAAAAGAUUUGUGUUUCACAGUUUAUGUGGGUCAACUACUUGCUUUAAGACAGUGGAGAUGCAGCCUUGCAGCAGUUUUUGUCCAACAAAGACUGUAUCUACAGUUUGGACCUUGCUAUAGUUGACUACGUUCACCUGUUUGCGUCACGAAGACCGCUGCCACGUUUAUCUUGUUCUACAUUUCACUCUUCGCUGUGGUUAUGCUCAAGCUCAAAUUGAACUCCACAAUGUUUGUGUCAAGUUUUGUUUACGUGCAAUUUGUUAUGCCCAUCCACAGAGAACUUAUUUCCUUAGGCCAAAUAAUGUGACGCCACGUGUGUACGACUUGAACCUGAUCGGUAGUUUAAUAUAAUGGGUACUUCUGUCAGUCAGGUCUUUGGGCAACAUCCUAUCGAGUGGUAGGUUUGUCACAGGAAUCCCUCGACGAGUGCAUAUGCAUAUUUAGCCCUGACUCAGUUGCACAAAAGCAUGAUGAAUUAAACCUGGCCAAGUUACUCUGGUGAUUUAUUCUUUGCAGCUAGCCCGCUGGCUAACAACCAGGCCAAAAUUAAUCCUGUAAGUCAUACAUUUGUUUUUCUCUCAAUCCUGUGAGUAAUUCAUGUGUUUUACAGCAUUUACAUUGCCCCCUUUUUUAACGUAUGCUGCAUCAUUUUAAUUACCUUGCAUUAAAAUAUGAAUUCAGCAUGCUGUUGUUUUCAUUGAAAGACUGUGUGUUGAUAGCUUUUACAUGUAUACUACUUCUCCUGUUGUCGUCCAAAAUCGUCCGGGCUCCCCAUCAGGGAGCCAACAAGUCCACCACAUUGGGCCUACGAAUGUACCCAUGUGCCCACACAAUGUUGAAAAGAUCGAUAAAGCACAUAAUUGUUUGCAGUCACUCUUAAUGGUAAUCUACACUUCCUGGGUGGUGAGCAGUACUAUGUUCAUCAUAUAAAAAGUUUACACCUGUUGGAGAAAGGUUGUUUCUUUAAUUGUUUUUAUGACUGUGUCAUGAAAGUGCCAUUUAUGGAUUACUGAUGCAUUCAUUCAGUUUCAUGCUGUCUGCCUGGUUUGCAUUCUUUCCUUGAUGAUUAAGCUCUUUUUCCUGCUAUAUGUUGAACUUCUUCAUACAUUUCCAUUAGAAGCCAUUCUGUCAUUUCAUUAUUGCUGUUGCAUUGUUUGGUGGCUACAUGCUUGAUUUGAUUUGUAAGUAAAUUGGACAAGUAUUACUCAACAGUAGUUCCCGUAAUUCACUGAGUUUGGUAAUUAAUGCCAUCUAGUCCAGGGAUAGCCAGACUAGUCCUCAACGAGCCACGUUUUUUCCCCAACCACUGAUGCAUACAAUCAAGAGUCAGCUGAACCCAAACCUCUAACAAUCGACCGACUACAAAGUACAAGAGCAAAAACCUGCAUAUCACCCUGGCCGUUGGAGGACGGAUUUGGACACCCCUGAUCUUAACUUGUGUGUGUGCAUAGGGUUGUAAUAUCAGACAAUCAACAUGUCAAGAGUUUUCUCAGAUUUAUUUUAACACAAAAAUGGCAAGUAAAGCCAAUUCAGUCCAACGAUCUACUUCAGCUUCUUCUUGGGGCGAAGGUUGUUGGUGUGGCCACACUUUUUCUUGCGGCAAUUGACAGCGCGAGGGUGCAGACGGGCAUAGCACCUGGAGACAAAUUGAUGAGCAUUAGCAGACACCAACUUCAAAGAUCGAACCUGUCCCUAUCCAACAUUUCACAAAAAUGCCACAGCCUUGUUAUUAUCCUGAUUCAGGAUAACAAGAUGAUAAACGGUUCUGGACGAUAAGAAAUGUCUUGAGUGCUGUUCUUACUUGCGGCAGAUCAUCUUGUCACAGUUGUAUUUCUGGGCCAACUGCCUGAGGGAAGGCUCGAUGAUGCCACCACGCAGACGAAGGACCAGAUGAAGGGUGGACUCUGCAAAGAGACGCACGUUAUCUCAUCCAUAAAUAUUUCGCGUAUUCCAUUUACACCCAUUUCUGGCACUAUGAAAGCAGACAGACUUAAGAGCCGCUUUCGCACUGUAGGAACCUUUUUUGGUUCAAAGAACUCGCUCGCUAAGAACCAUUGUCACCAAAACAGUGCGCAGACAUUAGGAGGAGGAUGUGGAGCGAUGGUGUCACCGCGGCAGUACAGGAUAGCUGAGACACACAAGUCACAACUAAUGUAUGACAGUGAGCAAUGAGGUACCAGUGUUCAUGUUGUCUUCCAUCAUUGGGACAUGUCUCCAUCCAAAGACUGCGUUUAAUACCGGGUAAAUAAAAGCA